GUAUGUUUUGUGCUAUCAGACAGAUUGUAUUGGUGGUGUAGGACAUAUCUUAUGCCAUUCUUUUUUUAUUUUUUUCUUUUUAAUUUCAUAUAUUUCUUGGCUUUCUGAAAGGAAAAAAAAAAAAACUCUCUACCUUUCAUUUGCCCCUAAAACCCACCAUAUAUGCCUAUAUAUGUAGUACUAUUUCACUAUAUCCCAACAGCAAGCUAGCAAAUGAACUGAAAAACAAGAUGAUAUCUUCAACAUCAACCAUGCAGCACUUGCUACUUCUCCUCCUAAUCCUAACCACACAACACUUCAUACCUUCACUCUCAGAAAAAUGUAACCCACAUGACAAAAAAGCUCUUCUCCAAAUCAAAAAAGAACUUGGCAACCCAACCCAACUCUCUUCAUGGAAUCCAACUACCGACUGUUGCGAAAGCGACAAAUGGUUAGGUAUCUUAUGCGACAUCCACAUAGAAACCUACCGCGUCAACAGUCUUGAACUCUCCGAUCUCGACCUCCCUGAACCCCUUCCAAUUCCACCCUCCAUAUUCACUAACCUCCCUUUCCUCCACGACCUCACUUUCAACCACAUCCCCAACCUUGUCGGCCCUAUCCCACCGUCCAUCACCAACCUCACCAAACUCCAGUACUUGUACAUCAUGCGUACUAACAUUUCCGGCGAGAUACCCAACACCCUCUCACAGAUCAAGACUCUAAUAGGCAUUAUUUUGUACUACAACAAACUCACUGGUACCCUCCCAGACACCCUCCCAUCUCUCCCUAACCUUGAAGAAAUCGCAUUCAUUCACAACCAACUCACCGGAUCAAUACCUGAAUCAUAUGGAACGUUCUCGAAUUCCUUCACAGGGUUGUCUCUCUCGCGAAACCGCCUCUCCGGAAAGAUUCCAGCGUCUUUGGCGAAGCUGAACUUGUUAUAUGUGGACUUGUCACGGAACGCGUUGGAGGGUGAUGCUUCGGUAUUCUUUGGAUCAAAGAAACGCACUGAGUAUAUAAUCUUGGGCAAUAACUCGUUUGCUUUUGAUCUUGGAAAAGUUAGGCUGCCGAAGAAUUUGAAACGGUUGGAUUUGAGGAACAAUAAAAUUUACGGUACAUUGCCUAAGGAAUUGAUGAAGCUGAAGCAUUUGAGUAAGUUGAAUGUGAGCAACAAUAACUUGUGUGGUGAGAUUCCAGUAGGUGGAAAAUUGCAAAAGUUUGAUGAGUCUUGUUAUGCUCAUAAUAGGUGUUUGUGUGGUUUUCCUCUUAGACCUUGCAAGACUUGAAUUGUAUCAGCUACCAAAACUAUGUGAUCAUAAGUUUUAAAUAAAAAAGCUGGCAUGCUUCAUUUAAAAAAAGUGAUUUUAUAAUUAAUUACUAUUCGUUCUGUCUCGUAUAUUAUGUGUGUCUAAACUUAUUUUCGAAGAAAUGUAUCUCUAAAAUCUAAAAUAUUGGUGUAUGCUUUUUUCACAUUUUUUGUUCAUUUUACAAUUGUGAUGUGAUAUAUUUGGACACACAAUUC